UGUUUUUUUUCGUUGGUACUUCGUGGUCAGAGCAGAUCGUCUGCCUCAGAUUCGCCCGCCAUUCGAGAUGGUUCAACGUGCACGCGCUCUCAGCGACAACUUUUAGUUCUUGGGCCUAUUAGAGACGCGUCGUCGACGAAAAUAACUACGCUCAAUACACAAAAGGAUGUAGACCUGAAAUACCCUGAGUUGAGAGGGUCUGAAGUUAUCCAGAUGACUUCUUAUCUCCCAUGGCCAAUACUGAGAAGCAGGGUGCCAUGGUGCUUCAUGAAGAGGGCAUGACUGCCCCUACACUGGCCCCUUCACCUACCUCUGGACCUUCUCUCUUUGUUGUCCUUAAACAGGUGCAUCCUGGUGAUGUUCUGAAAGACAAGGGUAGUUUAUUAGCUAUUAGCGAGGCAAAUAGUAUAAUGAAGUCUGCAGCCACUUCAGCUGCAACAGGCUUACAUUCAACAUCAUCCAUGUCACUUUCAGACGCCACCACACAUGUGGAGAACAUGCCAGCAGAUGCUCGAUAUAAGGGCAUCACAGUUACACUGGACAACAAUAGUAUGUGGAAUGAAUUUAGUAGGUGCCGGACUGAGAUGAUUCUGACCAAGCAGGGUCGUAGGAUGUUCCCCUACUGCCGCUUUCGUCUCUCCGGUAUGGAACCUUUUCAGAGUUAUUUGCUGGCGAUGGAUAUCGUUCCAGUUGAUAACCACAGAUACAAAUGGAGUGGGAAAGGUUGGGAGACCAAUGGAAAGGCGGACCCUCACGUUUCACGCUUGUUUGUACACCCAGAAUCCCCUGCUACAGGCCUGCACUGGAUGCAGUACCCUGUUUCUUUUUACCGACUGAAGCUUUGCAACAACACCUUGGACCAAGAGGGCCACAUCAUUUUACACUCAAUGCACCGUUACCUUCCUCGACUUCAUAUCAUACCUGCAGACAAAGACAGUGAAGACAUUCGGAUAGACAGGCCUGACGUUAUAACGCUCAGUUUUUCUCAGACAGAGUUCUUUGCCGUCACAGCCUAUCAAAACCUACGUAUCACCCAGCUCAAAAUUGACUACAACCCCUUCGCCAAAGGCUUCAGGGAGGAUGCGGUCAACGCCCGAUCAACGAAGGCCAAGAAUGGAGUAUUGGGUGAAGAAACUGAGAAGGAGCUCAAGUUAAGCAAAGAGUCAACAACCUUAAAUAAUUUGAAGACUUUGUUCAUGAAGAGAAAUGCUGCUGCAAAGGUCAAUAAGGAUCAGAAUGUCCCCAGCCCAACAAAUGGGGAGAAGAAAGUUGUGAAUGGGGAUGCUCCCGUUGAGGAUGGAGAUAAGAGCGCUAAGAAGCGUCCAUUGUCAGGAGCAUUUUCGGACUUCCUUAAAGGUGCACAUGUGAAAGUCAAAAGGUUGUCGCUGGACAAUAUCGAGAAAAAUUGUGUUGUCCUGCAAACCAACAUAGGUGGAACAAGUGGAAAACAAGAGGUGGAAGCAAUAUCAUCAAAACCAGUGACCGUAAUGGAUGACAUUCACAAAUGUAACAACACAGACACAACCUCAAAGAAACAGUUGAUAAAACUAGAUGAAAUUAAAAUUGUAAUAGAUGAACAUAAAGAUAAUAAGAUUACAUCGUUACCCAGUGAUAAAAAAGUACAAAACUCAGAUGAAAAGAAAAAGGGGAACAUUUCUUCUCUGGACACUGAGGCUGAGCCUGAAGCAAAGACAAAGAAAACUUUACCACACAAACGACCAGAACCUGUACCCCUACCUCUCCUAGCGCAGUUUCUUAAACGGAGAAAGUUUCAAUCAAAAUCUACCACCCCAACACCUCAAGCUCCUUGCUUAACCGUGGACUGUAAACCUCAGUUAACAUCUGAAAGCUCACCUGACCUAAUCUCUUCCACCUUUUUGGCGAACACUCAAAUUGAUUCACAACCACCGCUUACCGCAUCAUCUCAAACAAUCAUAUCAUCAUCAACAGAAGAUGCCAGUAACAUGACAUCUACAUCAACUGCUUCAUUAUCAUCUCCCUCUUUAACUAUAGAUCCCUUAAUACAAGAAGAAGAAGAUGAAGAAGAAGAAGAAGAACAACCCCUGAGGUUUUCACCUUCUCCAUCUGAUAAUGAAUCUUUACUUUCCCCAAACAAUUCAUCUCCCACUAAAUCUAAUCUUGACCCUUCAUUUGACAGUGUCUCGGAUGUAUUUAGUAAUGCUGAAAAUGUUUCUGUGCAAGGUUUUGUCAACACACUCAUGUCUCAGUCAGACAUUUCAUCUGUUUUUGCUUGUAAUGCUUUGGAUGACACUGAUUCGCCCACUACACCGGCUGUUAAGACCAAUGCUGUCAUCACAUCAUACAACCCAACUGUGACCACAUCACCAAACUCUGCUUUUGAUGUUCCAUCAAAUAAGAAUAAUGAGAUCAUUCCCAACCUGGAACUGUCCUCAUUGCCUCAAGUUGAAAUUGAAACUUUUUCUGAUUGUCUCUUGGAAAACUCCAAUGGCUUGUGUCCUGAGCUUUUUACCCAGGAGGUUCUGGACACAAAUGAUGAGUCUCUUUCCUUGACAUUGAAUGGCCCUUCUUCCCCAACCUUUUCAAUACCCAGCCCAGUUCUUUCCUCACCCGACCCCUUUCCUCCAGAUCUAUUCGGUGACCGACCUCUACCUCCCCGAAAGGCCCUUGAUUCUUGCCCAGAGAGGCUGUUGGAUUGCACAGGCAUAACCUCAUCUGACAUUUUUACAUUAUUAUGUGACAUACCCGCAGCUCCUAUAAACCACCUUGAUUCAUUUCAAGGACGGAUAUGUAAUGGACCGUUAGAUUCAGUGUCGUCAAGUCAAAGCAGAUCAGGACUUUUCAAUCGAUCCAUAGAUUUGAUUUCUCAAAAAACGUCUGAUAAACCAGUUCCUGUUAAAGACAUUCAAUCAACUGUUAAUUGUGAAAGCAAUGAGACCGCUCCUUCUGAUCAUCCUGUUCCUGAGGUAACCAAACAGUCCUCUAAUGGAAGUAAUUUAAAGAAAUCCAACAAAAAACUUAAAAAAGUAGGAAAGUUGAAGCACAGUGAUGAUGAUGAGGUUUUUGAAGGACCCGUACCUGCCCCAAUGCAGCCUAGCCUGGAGGAUGUAGAUGGACAAUUAUUUGCAUCGUUCAUGUCUAAGACUGCUCUUGAGAUUCACCUUGGAGAUGAUGCCAAAACAGAGGUGGCCCAGAAAACAUUGGAGACCUCAGAUAGUGACAACCGUGGAAGUAUAGAGGAAAAGAUUAAGGUGCUUCAGAAAGACCUUUUACAUGAUCUGAAGUUGAUGAAGCACAGACAGGUUAUUCAUCCGGUGCUGCAAGAAGUUGGACUGAAACUGCACCUGCUAGACGUCAACCUGCCGAUUGACCUGCAAUAUUUGGGUGUGCAGUUACCCAUACCUGUUCUCUUACCUGAAGAGAGUCCAGCAUCAUCACAGGACCUUCUAGUCCAGUUUGUUUCCAGAACAGGAAAAACCACAGACGUUACCAAAAUUAAAGGUUGGAGGGAUAAAUUUGCUGGUUCAGGAUCUCAGAGUGAAGGUGUAUCAAGCAUCGAAACAGGGCAGAAUAACCUCUCAGCAUUCUGCAGUGAUAUGUUGGAUGAGUAUCUGGCCAGUGAGGGCAAACUGAUUGAUGAACGAGCUGCCAACUUGUCCCAGACCGACACCACGACUGUGGCAUACCAGCUACCCACUAAGAGCACCAGCUAUGUCCGCACCUUGGAUAGUGUGCUUAAGAAACAAGUACCUCCCUCUUUAUCCUCCUCAUCCAAACAUUCAUCUCCAACAUCCAAUAAUUCCAAGCCAACGUUCAAGUCCAAAGUAGGUAAUAAAUCAAAAAAAAAUCUAAAACCUGGCAAAGGAAACCAGGUUCUUAGUACCACUAAACCAACCAAACCAGUCAGCGGGGGGGACAAAUUGAUGAGCUUAAACAAGGUCCAGCAUAGCAAAAGGUUGGAAAGGAACAAUAUUAGGAAGGCAUCGAACAGUUUAAACACUGAAAAGAUUCUUGCAGAAAUACCUGUCGUGGUAGCUUCUGAUAAGACUCCCAGGCUUGAGGACUCUGGAUCAACAACAGCGAGCAGCACAGGUGGACGCAGUCCAGGUUUGCCCAAGACUCUGGUGAAGCUGAUGGAUGUGGAAGAUGGAGCAGUAUGGGAAGGCAAACGUCGUACUUGUAUCACAGAAGAAAGAGCAGCCAUUGCGCUAACUGCUCUCUUCACUGCUGAAAGUGCAACAAAGGCAAACCCUGACGCCAUGAGAAUUAUAAAGCGACGGGCGCCACCCUGCCUUAAUGUCUUCUGCAGGCUCGGCUGCCUGUGUGCCAGUCUGCUUCAUCAGAGGCGACAUCAUCACUGUGGCAAACCGGAGUGCAUGUUGGGCUGCAGCUGUCUGCGACGCAAAGUUAUCGCGCUGAAAAGCCCUAAAGAAGAAGACAGUAUAACAGAGGAGCCUGAACCUCAGGGUCUGUCAGAGGAUAACAAGACUAAAUGGAAGAAGAACAAAAAGAGAAAAACUUAUGUUCUAACAGAUCCUGAGGUAGCACCUGAGCCGGCCAAGCGUGUCAAUACAUUAUGGGAUUCAAAAAGCGAAGAAUCCGAUUCAGAAAUCUACUGCCCGCCUCCUCCGAGACUUAACCCUCCACAACUACUGUCAAAAGAUCUACAACAUGACCUGGAACGUUUUUUUAGUCCUCCGAAACCGAAGAGGGUGGGGGAGAGAAAUCUGAAUAUGAUGGAGGAGAGCAGCGAUAUGGAGAAUCAUUUGACUUGCGCUCGUGUUCGACCGUUUCGACCGUGUCGUAAUAAACAAAAAAUGCCGGUUGACCAACAGCUCAUCCCACAGAUCCCUAAACAAGAUAUAGAGGAGGGAGAACUUGUACCUCUAAAUUUGUCCGGCCCUAUCAAGCGACUCGAGAUCAUUUCCGAGUGCAGUUGGUCAAGUACAGACAGCAGAAAUGACGUUAUGGGGGUAGUGUGCAAGAACAUGGCUCAAGAUCGUUUGAAGAACCCUUUCUGGGUUGGCAAGUAUUACAUUCAGCAGGUUUCUAAGACUGUACAGGAGACAGAGGAAGGUUCUGUCCACACUUACAAAGUCAAGAUAUCAGAGCCUGUGGAGAAGAAGAAAGAAGAUCAGAUUGUUUCACAGAAUGUCCAAACAGAGUCCAUCCAGCCUGUAGAGAAGAUUGAGGUGAAGGGUUUGCCCUUCCUUGCCAGGUGUUCCUCUGCUGGCUUGCUCAAGGCCGAGAAAAAAGCUCCUAAUGCACCGGGACAGAUAAUGGUCAAUGGAAAGCCAUACCCACAAGCCAAGCUGGAACUGGGCAAGAUGGGGGCACUACACCCUGCCAAUCGAUUGGCAGCUUACAUCACAGGAAGAAUAUUUCCAGUCGGUCAGUCUGUGGCUACCUAUGUAACAACAUCAACCACUGCAAAGGCCUCUACAACCGUUCCGAUCACCAAUGUGGCCACAGUAACCUCAGUAACCAGCACACGUGCUUCUACAAUCACAUCACCCGUCAAGACUGCUGUGACCAAUCCCCCAGCGGGACAGGUCUUCACCCAGUUUGUGGUCAACCACAUCAACUCUCAAAAUCAGGCCAGCACUAGCGCCCCACACUUAAAGUCUUCUCCUCCAAAAAUUGUCAUCCCCUCCUCCUUGCUAAUGGUUGGCAGAGAGGCUGGGGUUCCUGAUGUUGCUCUGUCUUCUCUAAAAACAGACCUGGCUACCCAGGUGUCUAAGGCCGCAGUCUCCACAGGUAGCUUCUGUUUUCCCAAUGUAUCAAAUAUUCAAGCCCCCACCAUCACCAUCCUCAAUAAAUCACCCAGCCUGCCAUUGGGUGGAACUAAUGUAACUCCAACCCCUUCAUCCGGAUCUCCCACGUCUGGAAAGAAGACUGUUUUGAUUACAGUUGUGUCCCGUAAAUCAGGGAUCACUAGUACUGGACCUCCGGUAGAAAAACCCAUCACACAUAAUCGCCCUCAACAGACCUCAGGCCAAAAGAUGACACUUCAAGUGGUGAAAACAGCCGAUGGCAACACGCUGUACCGUAAUCCCAGUGGUCAACUCAUUCGGCUGGUGCCUCUUAGUCAAAUUAAAUCCAUGAUGCCCAACAGCCUCCCCAAAGGUCCAACAACCCUGUUUCGCUUGCCAGCACCUAAUAUGGUUUCUCCGAAUAAGCCUCAGAGUGGCGGUACCACCACAGUCACGUCGUCCAGCCCGACAAGCCAAACACAAGCAAAAUAUACAUACACUGUAUCCGCACCAACUAUUUUGAGUGGCCAGCCGGGGACUCUCACUACAUCCAAGUCGGUCUCAUUCAACAGUCUUCCUUCCACCAUUAAAGUCACCCCGACGUUUCUGGGACAGUCUGGCACUUGCACGCUAAGAAUUUUCCCUCCAAAUACUCUCAAAGACACUGCAAAUAGCACUCCGACCUCUUCCCCUAGCCACUCACAGGGCGGUUUCACAUUACUCAAACCGUCAAGUUCAACUUUACAGAAUCAAGACUCCACAAAGUCUGAAACCAUCGCUUCUGUUAGCUCGGAUUCAACAGAGGGUCCAGUCAGUCAGGUCCAACCGUUACUUGACUUUAGAAAGCGAUCCGACAUGGUUUCUGCUAAACAGGAUCGCGCACACGAUUCCAAAAUGUCUGAAAGUUCAGCCGUAAACAUGUCACAGAUUUCAUCCUCUACCACCACUUCUCCAAAACCCACACGUUCUUCUCCAUUUUGCUUGUCACGUAUGGAGCUGGGAGAAUUUAAAGGUUCAGAAUUAGCUGCUAAUCCCUAUGAGAAGGAUGGAGAAUGUGACACAGAUCAGCAAGAGGAAGGGAACAGAUCGGAUGGAUCAGAGUUAACGGACGACUCCGACUUGUACAGUGAAGAUGAUCAAGAUGAUACUUACAGUGAUUCUGAUAACGAUGAGCUGGGGCCGGUUGAGGUUGAGGAUGAGGAUGAGGACGAGUUGGGUUCAGAGAUGACAGAUCCUGCAGAAGUGGUGAUUGAUAUUGAGUCCUUCGAAGAGUCGGUGGAGAAAAUUAAGAUUGCGCUACUAAAGGAAUCUGCCAAAAAGAAAAAUCUGCUUCACAGGCAGCAGAAGAAGACUGAUGAUCAGAAGAUCAAGAGGGUUCACAAUGAGAGAGUGAGGCGCUGCACGUUAAGAGAACGCAUUCUGAAACUUCAGUUGACCCUCAAGAAAUCUUUGAAGAACAUCUCCAAAAAUAGAAUCCUCACACUGGCAAAAGAAGAGAUUGUGUCCCUAGUGCAGCAGGAAAGCCUUUUAGUGAUGAACAUACACAAGUUAAGACUUGAAAGAGAGCAAUAUCUACAGACGCUUUCAGUGAUGUCUGACAAGAGUGAAGAGUCCAUCAGCCAGAAGCUUAAAGAAAUUGUUGCCAAACAAAAAACUCUGGAGGCCCAGAACGAAGGGAGAGCGAUGACGUCCAAGAUCAAGCAGACAAAACCCAGGCCAAAAUCCAAGCAUUUUCCUAAAUCAAGUAAUCGCAGUAGUAAACCCAAAAGUUCAGGAUUGCAAAAAGAAAACGAUGUUGUUUCUGAACUCGCGCAGUCUCCUUCCAAGCCAAUAGACUUGAGUCUUAAAAAACAAAGAAGUCUGGAAAAACUAGAAAGUAUAACAGAAGAUUCAACCUCAAAACCUAAAGAGCUCGAUAGCAACAGAAGCACUCCUACAGCUCCGGUUAAAGACAAGAGCAGCGUGUCGACACCUUUUCAGCCAAUCGCAAGUUCCAUUCAUUCUAAAUCUGCACCUGUGCCCAUUCCUGUAACACGCGAGAGGCCUAACAUCCUGUCAUCCUCACAGACCACACCAGCAUCUCCAGUUAAAGAACCUCUUGUAACUAACAAAGUAAUUCCUCUGAUGCCUCUUCAGCCCAUUGGCAUCACCGCACUUGGGCCCCAGCAGUCAACCACACCAGGUGUAGCAUCUGUGUCCAUAUCAUUUGCUGCAAUGCCACAGCCACUCGGAGUGGAAAAUCCUCAGUUUAUCAAAAUUUCAAACAGCCCUGUUAAGAUUAACACACAAGUGGAACCCAUCAACCUUUCAAACGUCUCCAAAGUCAUUUCCCUGCUUCCACCAGUUAAGAAUCUGGUAGUACCACAGCAGGGUGUACUUGAAAUGACAGACACUACACCAGCUGUCCAGGCACAGACCAUCUCUAUCCAGUCUCAUUUGGAAGAAAGAGAGGCUGUUGAUGGUAUUCCCAAGGAAGCACCAAAGCAAUCUACAGGAGGAUAUGUACUGACAACAUCUGUGACGUCCCAUAACCAGGAUGAUUUGGACAAGAAGGGUCAAGAGUCCAGCAAUGAUGCAGAAGAUGAAAAUCUGAUGUCUUUGCUAGACGAACUUGUUCUUCUCAGUCAGCAGUUGAGUAACGACUCCCCCGAACCAACGAAUGAAGAUCAGAGCGAUGUUGUGCCCGGUAAAGAAAGCUCACAGUCCGACCAUCAGGAAGAUACAGAACGGGAUGAUGAUCGUGAACUCAGCCCAUUAUUUCUAACUCUCGAUGAAGAUCUGAUGUCUCCAGAGAGCUCCAGAGAUGAAAUGGAUGAUAUUCCACCUAAACUCGACGACUUGGUGAAUGUCAUCUUUGGGUCAGAUUCACCGAACACUUCGUCUGAAUCUGGGGUCGCGACAUCAACAAACCUUCCUAGUCCACAACCUCCGACAAGCAGCGUUACAAGUGAUGCUCUUACUCCACCUCCUCUGUUGCAAAUGAAAGCAACAUGCGGGGCCGUUUCGAGUCACCCCGCCAGCGAAGGGGCUAAUGUGACAUGGCGGCCGAUGCCUAAACUGGUUCCUUUAGGGUUAAAGGAUGCUGUUUUGAAUAAGGUGAACGGUUCGUCUGUUCUCAAAUCAGACUCAAAGGCACAGGAUGUUUAGAAACCACACACGUGAUCUGAUCAGUCAAUAAAUCAGGUAUAGCUGCUGCUCACUUUAUGGACAGUGUAGGAAUUUUUAUGUAUUUAUUUUUUCAUAAGUCCUGCUGCAGUCCUGUUGGGCCUCUGGAAUCUCCAAAGAUGUGUUUUUUGUAGGUUAAAUACUUCAGUACUAACUACUUGAUCAGCAGAUUCCCGGUUGGAUUCCUUGUUGGGUUUUCGGUGUCCAUUUAAUAAAAGGUUUUGCAGUUUUUACUUCUCGUGGCCGUUGUUAACUUAGAAGCUAUUCAUUGUGACCUCCAUUUUGGAGCAUAUUGAUUUCGAAGAAAAAUAAACCAAUCUUUAAACAUAUGAAAAUAGAUUUGUCCCGCUUUAGUGCAUGGUGAAAGAAAACUUAAGGAGAAUCUGGCUUUAGUUGUUUGUACCGGGUAUUUUGUGGGAUCACUAGGUGGAUUUCUGCUUGACCUAUUUCAGAUUUAAUUGAAUUUGCCUACUGACAUUUAGCAUAAGAAUUGUUUCACACAUGACUUUAUCUACUAAUGAGUAUCACAAAUGUCACUUGCAUCUAGCUGAAUCAGGUAUCAUCUUUUGUUGCUCGUAAAAUUAGUCCAUGUUCUUCUAACACUGGAAAUAAUGUUGAAUUAUGUCUGUUCUUGUUACAGAAAAUCUAGCCUACAUUUGACACAUACAUUGUGUGCCGCAAAAGAAAAACAGAUACUGUGUGUAUCUUUAAUUUCAACUGUUAAGCCGUCAUACUGCAGUUUUCCUCUAUUUUGUUUUUGUCCAAUGAUGCAUUUAAAACAUUUAGAUUUGUUGUGGAUUUUCAACUUCCCCAAAACAAAAACCUCAACUUUUAUUUGUGCAUAAGCAGCUUGAAGGCCUGGAGGUUUUAAAGGGAUUGUAAAGCUGUUGAAGUACACUACAAGUCUCUAAUAAUGUGGUUGACUGCAGGCAAUCCAGAAGUUUGGUUCUGAGAAAUGUAAUAAUCACUAUGCAAAUUUUCGCUUUAGAUGACAUAUCUGGAGGAAACACUACAGCUCCAUAGGAAAACAGGCUUGAUAACACAAUGCAAUGUUGUUUAUUGUUAUUAAAAAGUGUUAUUGUGUAUUUUAUGCUACUCUGUUUUUGUUGUAUAUAAGGUCAAUGUGUUGUCUGUAUAUUAGUCAAAGUAUAAAGGAUUUCUUGAGUGUUGUAAAUAUGUAAGAUGUACUACUUUUUGUAGACUGCUAAACUGUCUUGUUUAAAAUACUUAUUUUUUUAUAAAUCAGUGCUCUCUUAUCUUUUUUUGUGAAAGAAAUCUGAUUGUCCAUUGAACUCAAUAAAAAUGUGCAAAGAAA